AUGGAAACUGUUCUUGUCGUCGGAGCCACAGGCAAUGUCGGAGUAUCCGUGAUCAUUGCCGCAUUGCGGAGCAAGCGUAACGUGCUUGCUGUUGUGCGAAAUCAGCUUUCUGCAGACAAGAUUUAUCAACAUACUGGGAUGAAAGAUGGCAUCACCGUGGUGGAAGCCGACGUGACAAGCGAACAUGGUGUUCAGGAAGUCGUUGACCGAGUCAAAGCUGGGCAAUUGCCCGCUUUUCAGCACGUUUACUCAACUGUUGGAAUCUACAAUCCGAAAACCCCAAUGCAGAACAUCGAUCCCAGCUACUUCCGUCAAACCAUGAACAUCAACUUGGAGGCUAAUUUCUUUGCGUAUCGUGCCACCAUUCCUUACUUGAUCGAACAAGGCAACCCCCAUGCCACCUGGACUCUCAUAACGGGCGGAGCAGGUGAAGCAGGCUCUGCCGGAGUCACUGCUAUUUCGCAGGGGGCAUUGUUCUCUAUGGCUAACGCUGCCUGCCUUGAGAAUGCCACCACAAACAUUCGUUUCAACGAAGUUUAUCUCUGCUAUCGCGUCGACUUCGAUACAGUAUGCGAGCGCCUAGGAGGCAAUCGGAUCAAGUCGUCCGAUUUCGCUAGAGUUUAUGAAGGAAUCCUCGCGAAUAAGGACAUCAGUGGUUGCCGGGUCAGUGUAUAUGGGCCCCAAGAUCUCGACAAUCUCAAGUAUGAGAAGAAACCAGUCGGCCUAGCGAGUCUGAGGGCUCGUGCUUAG